UAUCGCGUUGGCGGCCAGUGGUGACGUAAAACUUUCGCGCGGUGAGUCCGUGUGUACACUUUCGAGGGAGUCAGCCCUAGAACGUCGCAGUCAUGGUGCGGUGCGGUAGCGUGUGGUUCAGAAAGUAUGGAAACUUCAUUGAUAACCUAAGACUCUUCACCAGGGGAGGAAGUGGUGGAAUGGGUUACCCUCGUUUAGGUGGAGAAGGUGGAAAAGGUGGUGACGUCUGGGUUGUAGCCCAUAAGAAAAUGACUUUAAAACAACUUAAAGACAAAUAUCCUCAGAAACGGUUUGUGGCUGGAGAAGGAGCAAACAGUUGUGUUAAUGCACUGAAAGGCUCCAGAGGAAAAGACUGUGAAAUUCCUGUACCUGUGGGUAUUUCAGUAACUGAUGAAAAUGGUAAAAUUAUAGGAGAACUCAGUAAAGAGAAGGACAGAAUUUUGGUAGCUGAAGGAGGUCUUGGUGGUAAAUUGCUUACAAAUUUCUUACCAUUGAAAGGCCAGAAACGAGUCAUUCACCUUGAUCUAAAACUUAUAGCUGAUAUAGGCCUAGUAGGAUUCCCAAAUGCAGGAAAAUCCUCUUUGCUAAGUCAGGUUUCUCAUGCAAAACCUGCAAUCGCAGAUUAUGCAUUUACAACAUUACAGCCUGAACUUGGAAAGAUUGUGUAUAAUGAUUUCAGACAGAUAUCAGUAGCUGAUCUUCCUGGUUUAAUAGAAGGAGCGCAUAUGAACAAAGGAAUGGGCCACAAAUUCCUCAAGCAUAUAGAAAGAACUAGACAACUACUUUUUGUUGUCGAUAUUUCUGGAUUUCAGCUUUCUUCCCAAACUCAAUACAGAACUGCCUUUGAAACCAUAAUACUUCUUACAAAAGAGUUGGAGUUGUACAAAGAGGAACUUCAGACAAAACCUGCACUCCUGGCAGUUAAUAAAAUGGACUUGCCAGGUGCCCAAGAUAUGUUCCAUGUACUGAUGAAUCAACUCCAGAAUCCUAAAGAUUUUUUGCAUUUAUUUAAGAAAAACAUGAUUCCAGAGAGGACUGUGGAGUUCCAACACAUCAUCCCCAUCUCUGCAAUUACGGGAGAAGGAAUUGAAGAAUUAAAGAACUAUAUAAGAAAAUCUCUGGAUGAACAUGCCAACCAGGAAAAUGGUGCAUAUCAUAAGAAACAGUUGCUUAAUUUACAGAUUUCUAAUACAAUAUCUUAUAAUGAGCCACCACCAAAGAAUGGUGUUACUAGUCCAAGAUAGAUGUAAUUUAAAUCUAUUAAAAAUGAUAUCAAGGGGCCCCUGUGUGGCUCAUUCGGUUAA